GACCUCGGACUGCUCAGCUGUGUGCACGUGAAGCCCCUUGAUCGGGGCGCGCACGUCACGACACUCAAUCUCAGUCAGAUGUAGGGGAGCAGGGCAGACCACGCAAACACACCAGAAGGAACAGGGUGAGUCAUAAUACAUGUGUGUUGUGCAUACACACAUAAUACAUCAUCUACAAAUAUGAUAACUCUUUGAGAUGUUCAGCAGCUCACCACGCUCCUCCAAACAGCUGGGAUUAGUGAAUUGCACUGAGGCUAACGCUUAGCAUGACCAGGAUGGAAUGUCAACAAGCCAUCACUUUGGCCGGCUAGCUUGCUACUUGGAUGAGAGGUUUGCUAAGCCGCUGCAUAGCAUAACAGCUUUAUGUUCCACUCGAGCUCUCUCAGAAGUCUGUUACCUGUUUCGGUUCCUUGUUUGCUCCUGUGCGCUUCACAAACAGUUUCUCAGAGACCAUCCACGGAGCAGUUUAAAGCAGAGUUUCUAGCCUGCAGCCAAAUUUGACAACAAGCUGCUGCAUGUUUGUGGUCGUCUGCGCAGGUGCAGUGGUCGUUUCCAGAGCACUUCACCAUCGUGACUCGCCCUGUUGUUGUUGUGGCUUGUGACUGUCAAACUUCACCUGCUUUACAUGAGAUACAUGGAAUGUGUUAUGUGGUAAAUAACAGCAUAUUGUCAGCAGUGGUGGACAAAGUACACAGUUUCAUUACUGAAGUCAAAGUAUAGAUGCUCAAUAUCAAAUAUUACUCCAAUAUAAGUGAAAGUUGCUCUGUCUGAUUAUUACUUGAGUUAAAGUACUGAAGUACUUGCUUUUAAAAAUACUGAAGUAUUCAAAGUACUUCUUAAAAUAUAUCAAAAUAUUGUAUUUUCACAAUACAUAAAUGCAGUCAAGUCUACAUAGGAGUACAUUCUGUUACAUCAUGUUUAUUUAGAAACCAUUACUUGAGAUCUCGAAAAACUAUACCAUGGAAUAAAAACAGAAACUAGUUACUCCAAGCACAGACAACUUAGUUUGUUCAUCUGGAAUUAAACAAAUGUUAUGUAGGACAACACACUUUCUCAGGUUGGUCAGUGAAUUUUUGUAUGUUUGGGGAGAGUGGGAAACAGGGAGAACAUUUCAAAUGAUACGUAUCAUUCUUCAUUUCAAAAACCUCUAACACGGGCUGAAGAUAUGGACAUGGGUGCUCAGGUGGAGAAUUAUAGCCAUCAUUACCACCUCUACAUGAACUGUCUGACCUGAGUGAAAUUUGCUGUUUUUUCUCCAUGUUCAACCGUGGAGACGCAUGAUAUACAGGUACGACUAAACCACUGAGACAAACAGAACUACACAAACACAUUUUACUGUCUUAGGGAUCAGAUUUUAGAAAAGAGAAGGAAAUUCAAGAGCUGACUUCAAAGCAAAAGUAGUGAGUAACUAGAGCAUUGAUAGAAAUGUAGUUGAGUAAAAAGUACAAUAAUUGUCUUCUGAAUGUAGUGGAGUAAAAGUAAUAAGUACCCCCAAAUAAAUAAAACUCAAGUAAAGUACAGAUACUAAAAAAAUGUACUUAAGUACAGUACUCAAGUAAAUUUACUCUGCUACUGUCCACCACUGGAUACAAUAAAUGUUUCCACAAUGUUUUUACAGUUAUGAUCAUGUCAUAUACUGUGCUUAAAAAGCAUAUCAUAUAUCAUGAGUCAUUGACUGUGUCGUGUGGUAAAUAACAGCCUGUUGUCAGCAAACCAAAAGCUUCAUCCAGGGACCUUUGGCAGACUUCUCGGUCGUCCACCCCGGCCAUUGUGCACCUGAAACUAGUCAACCAUUAAACGUCUCUCAACCAGUGUCACAAAGGUUAACUUGAGGUGGAACACAAAUGUUGCUGGACUUGCAGGCUUUCCCCAAAAAUGUCCAUUGUUAAACACACCCUGGUCUGCCACCUGGUGAGGGGCUGGGAGGAAAUAUGAUGAGCGGGAAGAGCCUGCUACUGAAGGUGAUCCUGCUGGGGGAUGGUGGAGUGGGCAAGUCCUCCCUAAUGAACCGGUACGUCACAGACCGUUUCGACUCCCAGUCCUUUCACACCAUUGGCGUGGAGUUCCUGAACCGAGACCUGGAGGUAGACGGACGACUGGUCACUCUUCAGAUCUGGGACACAGCUGGACAGGAGCGCUUCAAAUCCCUGCGAACGCCCUUCUACCGAGGUGCAGACUGCUGCCUGCUCACAUUCGCUGUCAACGACCUGCAGAGCUUCCAAAACCUCGGCUGCUGGAAGAAAGAGUUCAUGUUCUACUCGGAUGUUAAAGACCCUGAGCGCUUCCCUUUUGUGGUGCUUGGCAAUAAGGUGGACAUGGAGCAGAGGGAGGUGGGUGCAGAGGAAGCACGGGCGUGGUGUGAAGAGAACGGCUGCUGCCCUUACUUUGAGACCAGUGCGAAGGAUGACACUAAUGUCACAGCUGCAUUUGAGGCAGCCGUACGGGAGGUUCUGGCGGCUGAGGACCAGAUUGACCAUGCACUUCUGAGUAGUACUAUCGACCUCCAUGGAAACCGCAAAACUUCUCGCACAUCCUGCUGCUGAUUAGUCAGGUGUAAUUCUACCUUGUCUUCUUCUCUCUGGCUUAAUCUUGCACAUGGCAGUUUUCAGGGCCAGUCAGAUAUUAUUUAUGGUACACAUUCUAUAGGUACAAAGGCACUGAGUGCGGUAUCAGCUAAAGAUAAUGUGGAUAAGAUACAGCUGCUUCCAGGAGUGCAGUGUCAAGGAUACAGCUGGUAUCUACGAUGUUGAAUAAUGUUCUAACAAAGGUACAGGCACACUGUAAGAGGCACACUCAUCCUUUGUACUCAGUCUGCUUUCUGUGGUGUUGCGCACAAAAAAAAACGUUUUUACACAGCUUCAGCUUUGUCCGCCUGCCUUGCAGGAGCUCCAUCAGAUAGUGUUUUAAAAGCAUUUAUUUGAUUGAAAUCAUUUAAAUUUAAGUUCACACAUUGGUCAAGAGGAUUUACCAAUCCUCUCUUAAAUAGCACACUUAUACAUUCGGCACAGUCGGCCUCACAACAGUCUCCUCCUCAACAGUCUGACCAUGAACUGAUUUUCCCCAGGUUUUAGAGUGACUUUGAAUACAACAUCAAAUUUUCCUGUUAUCAGAUAUUUGAGCAGAAGUGGAGAGCUAAUGUAUUUCCUGGAGCCAGAGGGCGUCUGUGAGUGGCAGUGUUACCAACCCUGGCAGAUUGGAGGCUGAGGAACUCCCAGCAUCAGUACGAUGACUGAUAAAUGUGAGGUACAAGGAAAUCAAAUGAUUUCUGCAUUAAAAAGGGAGAUAUUGUUCGUCUGAUGGAAAGGGAAGGAGCUUUAAUUUUGCUGCUCUGACUGUAUGCUCUUGGUACGAGCUCUUGUGGUUGCUCUUAUUAACUUGUUUUAUCUAUUGGUAUUACACUGCUGUGUCUGGGGAAGUCGGAAGUACCAGUUAGGCAUUAAAGGAUCAUAUUAAUUUUCCAUGAUUUAAAUCUAAUAGCCUGAUAACUAAGUAAGGACUUUCCAAAAGUACAGAAAUAAUACAGCUUUUUGUAACUCUUGCUGAUAAGCUGCUGUUCAUUUUUUUUAAUGAAGCCCAUUUCCAUUGGCCAACACGUUAUUUCUCUUACAGCCAGCGUAAGGAAUUAUUUGAGUGCUGCAGUGUACGAUUUAAGGGCUCAUCAAAAAUCUGUUUUCCUAAUGUAAAGAUGUCGUUUUAAUAAUUUGAAUGAGUAAUUCUCAUAAUAAUUUCAUAUAUGUAGUCUCAUCUCUGCCUUGUUGAUUGUGUAGCAGGCCUUAACAUUCCACUCCUUUACUUUUCCGUCCAUUUCUGUCCCUCCCUUGCUUUACUGAGAUAUUACAUGCGCCCUGUGCCGUCAGUCUGCUCGGUCUUGGUCUCAGCUGAAUAUGAAAUAGCCUGGGCACAAGGAUAUGACUGUUUAGACUGCUAAUGUGUCCAUUGUGCAUCACCUCUCCUCUCCAUUUAUACAGUAUUGAAUGAAACAUAAAACUGAGUAUUCAGACAAAUUAACAAUAUUUGCUUGUUUCAGAGGGAUGGUACUUCCUUUUUUUUUUGCUUCAUUUUUGUUUCAUUGUAAAUCAACACAACAUAUUGUUUUCAGCCAGGGGGCAAUGUUGUUUGCAUGAAUAUUUUGAGAAAACGUCUGAAUCAAACAGAGGUUAAAAUGAAAUAACUCACAUCAGUGUUCAUAUUGCUACAGGCUGAUAUUUUAAAUCAUAUUUAUUCAAACGUCCAUACCUGUUUCAUACAUACGCUUAUUUAACUCAAUCUAAUUUCUGAAUGCACAAUGUUUCUAUGAUUCAAACUGUACUAUACGUUCUUGCCCCCUUUCUAUGUUUUGUUGGAAGUGUUGUGUUUUCUUCUUAGCUUGAGAUCACAUUAUUUGACUUUAAAGUCAGACUUUGCAUUAUAUUUCAGUGUGUGUGAGAGUGCAGCCACAUGGUGAAUAUAACAGGAGCUUCACUGUGAAAGUUAACCAAAUCAAACCAGGUACAGAUAGAUUAACUUUAAAAAGGAAUCUUUGGUUUAAUACAGGCUUCCAAUAAAUAGAUAUGAUCACUGUUAUUUUGAGCAGGUGGGUUGGGUACUGGCACUUUGGUGAGAAUCCAUACUGUGAACUGAGUAGGGCUUUUAAACAAAAUGAAAUAGGUUAUUGGUCAUUAACUCUAAUGAAUAAAAGAAGGCUAUGAUUUUCUUGGUGUUCAUAAUAUCUGGUUAAAUCUCCUUUCUGUAUUGUUUCACUUUUUAUCCUGUUCAGAAAAUGUAGCCUGCCAGACUGUUUACCUGAAACCUGACUUACCUAAGAAUCAUAGGGUACUCAUAAGCUGGUAGCAUUACCCUGCAGUAUGUUACCGUCUUAUACUCAUUGCAACCCCCGUCUGUCAGUAUUUUUUAAUGUUGUAAUAUUCAUGAAUGUAAACACACACGUCUUUGGGCUGUCCAUAUUAAUGGCUUCUGUGCAUUGCAAAGGGCAUUGCUUUUAUAAUGUAAAAAAAGUUACUGAACGUCUGUUUCACUCUCAGUGCUCAAACUCAUGAGUGUGAUUAAAGCUGUGUGAAAGUUAGACUGUUCAUCCUGAUUAUGUGUUGAUCUAAUGGACAACUUCCCUUAAUCCUCUUUUUGCACUACGGAGGAUGAGACUGGGCCAACAUGCUGGCAAAGUGGUAAAUACUCUCCAGUGCUUGGCUAUGAAUAAAUCAUGCAACAAACCAAA